AUGAAGACCGUCUCGGAGACGCGCAAGCCUUACCGGGGUACGAAACGGUCCCUCGUCAUCGCCCUCGACGUGGGCACGACCUUCAGCGGUGUAUCCUACGCUAUACUGGAUCCUGGACAGGUUCCGAAGAUCCAUGGCGUAACGAGAUUCCCCGGGCAGGAGCAUGUCGCCGGCAACUCCAAGAUCCCUACCAUAAUGUACUACGACAAGAAGGGUCGCAUGAAGGCCGCAGGAGCGGAGGCUGAUACUGCUUCGGUUAUUGACAAGGCCGAGGACGAAAAAUGGACCAAAGCCGAGCUGUUCAAGUUACGCCUGCGCCCGAAGACGAUGAAGCUCGAGAUGAACGGCAUGCGCUUCUCGCCCUUGCCGAGGCACAAGACCGCCGUCGACGUCUUUGGCGACUUCCUCGGCUACCUCUUCCGCUGCACGCGUCGCUUCAUCGAGGACACGCACGCGAACGGCGUCGAGAUGUGGAAGUCUGUCGAGCGCGACAUUCAGUUCGUGCUCAGUCACCCGAACGGAUGGGAGGGCGCACAGCAGUCGAAGAUGCGGAGGGCCGCGGUCUACGGGGGCUUGAUACCCGAUACGGACGAGGGCAAGGCUCGAAUACGCUUCGUUACGGAGGGCGAAGCUAGUUUACACGCUUGCGUCCUGAAUGGCCUCGCGGCAGACGUGUUAUCGAAAUCCUCUGGUCAAGGAUUUAUUGUGGCUGACGCUGGUGGAGGUACUUUGGACAUAAGCUCUUAUGCCAUCCGUGGGACGGAGCCUCUCGUGAUAGAGGAAAUAGCACCUCCUGACUGUGUAUUUGCCGGUUCCGUGUUCGUCAGCAGAAGGGCGCGAGAGUUCCUCGAACAGAAACUCCAUGGCUCCCACUACGGCAGGCCCGAUUCGCUCGACCACAUCGCCAAGAAGUUCGACGAGUCCACGAAACGCCUCUUCCGCGACCCGCGAGAAUCGCAGUACAUCCCGUUCGGGACACCCUACGACAAGGAUCCCAGCGUCGGCAUCCGCUCCGGACAGCUCAAGCUCAGCGGACCCGAAGUAGCGGACCUCUUCGAACCGUCGAUAGAAGCUGCCAUGACGGCUAUACGAACCCAGGUCGAGGCGAGCAAGGGUGCCGUAAAGUCUGUCUGGCUCGUAGGCGGUUUUGCGGCUAGUCCGUGGUUGUUCAGUCAACUGCAAGAGCGGCUUGCUCCGAUGGGCAUCAAGGUUAGCAGACCCGAUACUCAAACUUCGAAAGCUGUUGCGGACGGCGCGGUAGGCUUCUACUGCGAUCAUCACGUUUCGGCGCGGAUGUCCAAGUUUAUGUACGGCGUCGAGUACCUUCGCGAGUUCGAUCCGGGUGACCCGGAGCACGUGAAGCGACAGGAUAGGCUCUGCGAGCUGCCGUCGGGGCCAAAACUGCUCUUGGACGCGUUCGACUGUAUCCUAGCCCGAAGCGUCAAGGUCAAGGAAUCGACGGUGUUCAGCAGGAAGUACUGCACAGAGUUGACCAGCUUAUCGUCCUUGUCGGUUUUUGAGGUUGAAAUUUGGUGUUAUCGGGGAGGCGAUACCGUACCGAAGUGGAUCAAUAGGGGCUCUGAGGACUUCUCCACGCUAUGCAUGGUCCGCGCCGAUUUGUCGCCGCUGACGGCUAGUGCGCAACCCAAGCAAGGACCCGGCGGCAAGAAGUUCUGGACUAUUGUGUUCAGUAUCGAGAUUCACUUCGGUCUGACGGAGUUCAAGGCUCGCAUCAAGUGGAACGACAAUGUAUGA